AUGCGGGGCUGGGGUUUCGGCCGGUCUUCCAGCACCGAAGUCCUGCAGAUGCAGAAUCUCCUCCCCCCCCUUGGACCGUCGGGGGUCAUCGCGGUCCACCACGGCGCGUUCACGAGCAUGGGCAUACCAGUACAGGCCCUGUUGGACGGCCACAGGCAGGUGGAAGCAACAACACCCCGCUCACUUAAGAUGGCGGCAGUCUACAACACGACAAACCCCACAGGCAACACGGCCUCACACACCAGGGAUGCCAAUGACUGUGCGAAUGGCGGGAAAGGAUAG